CGUUGACAUCUUUAGGAGGAAAAAAAUAAAUAAAAAAUUGGCGCACCGGGAAGUCAGUCAGCUUUCCGGUUCCUGUCAAGAGAUCCGCUCCGCAACACCACAUCAUAAUGCCAAAAUCAAAGGAAGUCCUGUCCUCCACAUCUGGAAGUGACUCCGACAGUGAAGUAGAGACUAAGGCAAAGAGAAAGAAGUCAAGUGCACCAGAGAAACCAGCCAAGAAGCCAAAGAGCGGAGAGAGUUCCAAGCCAAGUGGCUCAUCCAAGGGCAGCAGUAACAGUGAUGACAACAUGUUCCAGAUUGGAAAGAUGAGGUACGUCAGCGUCAGGGACUUCAAGGGUAAAGUCCUGAUUGACAUCAGAGAAUACUGGAUGAACCAAGAUGGGGAGAUGAAGCCAGGGAAAAAGGGUAUCUCCCUGAAUCCUGAACAAUGGAACCAGCUGAAGGACCAGAUUUCAGAAAUUGAUGACGCCAUUAAAAGAAUAUAAGCAUCCCUUUCAAUGUUAUCUGUUGAACUAAUUUAAAGUGUUGGCUAAUCAGUUUUGUAAAAAACCUGGGAUUGUUUUCUAAUGGACUUUGUUUAGUUUGUAGUUGUAUAGAUUUAGUGUCGUCUGCAUACUCUGGUUUUCUGUGUGAAACUUGUUUUUGAGUUAUUCAAGUAAAGAUGUGGGUGGAUGGGUAGGUGGUUGAUUAUUACACUUGGUGGGUAGAGUGGAUCAAUACAGUGAUGUUUUUGUAUUGAAUAAUAAAAAAAUGAGGCACUAGCUUGAUAUGUUGUUCAGUGUGUAAGUUCAUGUUCACAGUUUGAGUAUCAUGUAACUUUACAUUUUAAGAGUUAGGUUUAUCUGACCUUUUGUUGUAUGUAGCAACCAGUACCAUUAUCAGUGCACUUCAUCUCUGAGAGCUGGGUCCAAUCUGUCUGUUGUAUCUGCAGGUGAUUAGAGUCAUGGUGAUCCAUGGGUUAGGUUUUGAAAAUAAAUGAUACUAAUAAACAAA